UGAAUGCAAAUGCUUGUGCAAAGUAUUGAGAAGCAGUAGCAAUGUAAUGUUGCAGAGUUGAAGAGGGCGCCAUGGCAGUGUCCUAGCUUGCCUCAGGGAAGGUGUGUGCUCCUCUCAGCUAGCGCCAAGUUGUGCUGUGAGCGGCUCCACACAUCAAUGUCACGUGUGUAUAGAGGUCCGGCGUGAUGUGUGAUCUCUCAGCGCGAGGGACUGGAUACCCUGUGGCCGCCGAGCAACUCUUGCCGCCGGAAAUAUGGGAGAUCAUUCUCAAUAAGUUGGAGCCGUGGGAGCUGGUGAAGGCUGCGUGUGUCUCGUGCUGGUGGAGACAUCUGGCCACGAGAAUAUGUCGCACGAGGUGCCAAUGCCUACCACCGCGUCUUCUGGCCGAGCUGCUACACGAGCACAAGGUCACUCUGGCUCCCAAGACCUCGGUACUUGAUCAAGGGACAAACAAUGCUGAUGACAUAAGGACAUCUUUCAAGUGUCAGAAGGAAGUGGAAGAACCAAACUGGUUAGAUAUCAGUAGAAUGUACAUACAGACUAUUGUAACAUCAGACCCAAACAACUGCAGUGAGGUAUUACAUAUGAAAAAUGUAACACAUCUUGCUUCUUCAAGCAGGUUUGUGGUGGUUGUGUGUACUGGUGAAGCUGAGAACUUGCACAUCUUACGAUUGGUUGGCAAGGCAGGGCAAGAAUGCUGCUCACAAUCUAUUAGUGGCAGAAUUAACAAGGUUUGUGUGAUGGAGAUGCCAGAAACUUCCCCUGUCCUGGUACUGUGUGUGGAGAGAAACCUAAGGUGUUAUUUGGUGGAGCCGGAACUGUGUGCGCUAUUUCCACUUGCUGUCAAACCUGAGCUAUCUGUAGAUUCUAGACUGAGCUGUGAUGGAAACACACUGAUAGUUUCUCAAAUGGUUGGUGAGCAUCAUCUUGCUGUCUAUGAAGCCUCUUUCCUGCCCGAGACGAGAACAAUUGAACUUACCCAUAAAGGACGCAUCAGGACAACUUCACCUCCAGUUUACUGGGAUCUUUGGAAUGGAUUUGUUACAACCAUUGUCUCUGGAGGCCAUGUAUCCUCAUACACUUUAUCUGGAAACUUGGUUGCCGAGUCACCACUAUACAAAGAUCUUCGCUACCCCAACCCUACUCUCCUUGCACGCGGAUUGGUGUUUGCCUCUACUCUCACCUCUAGGACUCUUCUAUCGUACUGGCACAUGGAUCGUGAGCGUGACUACUGGCUUGUCGGUGAGAGUAUCUUGACCAGCUGGAUACAGAGAGGUUCACAGGCUGUGGGUAACACAAGCUGGAAUACAGCAAGUGGAGCAGAGAAACAUGACAGCACAUUGUCCACACACGGACAAAACAUCACCGAUGAAGCAGUUGAAAGUUCUCUCUCGAGUACACAGCCAGCUAGCAGCUGCAUAGUGACACUAGCCAAGGUGAGGAUAGGAGCUACUGUCUUGCUGGAAGUGACUGUGGUGCACUACAAGAGAGGUCUUGUUUUUUGUGGCACCAGUCAAGGUCACUUGCUGAUAUACAACAUCUUGACUAAUGACCAAGCAUCAAAUGUGAAGGUGAACUGGGCAGUUAUGGAAUCUUACAUCCCAUCGCUAUAUUUAUCCGUGACCUCUUGUCCAAUCUCAAGAUUAACGUCAUAUUUUAGAAACGCGCACAUAAUUGUGGCUAUAGCCGAUAGAGAUGAAAAUUGUAAAAUAAUUUCCUUACCUAAUAUACAAAUGCCUUCUGAAUGUUGCUGUAAGAAUAUGUGCAACUGUUAUUCAUAGGCUGAGUUACUAAUGUAAAUUAGUCAUAAUUUAUUUUUUGGUGACAACUUCAUUACCAGUAGGCUUUUAAUUUUUGUUAAAUUUAUUAUUUAAAUUUUGUUAGUAUAAUUUUGUACAGAUAAAAUAUGUGAUUUUAAAAAAUCACAUAUUCUAUCUUUUAAUUAGGAUAGAAUAUGUGAUUUUUAUGUGAAAGCAAAAUCACAUUCUGUAAAAAGUAUGGAGGCUCUAACAAUUUAUAUUUUUAAAACAGGUAUAAAAAAGUCAAAUUUAUUUCUUAAUUACUACUUUAUUUCAGCAGCCUCAAAUUUAGGUUAGCGUGCCUUAUUUUGUUUCAUAAUUCCACAAGUAAUUAUCAAAAGAACAUACUAAGCCUGUACGUAUUACUCAGAGUAAUACUGUAAGAGUAUUAAGAGUAUGUGCAGCUGUUAUUAAUAGGCCGAGUUACUAAUGUAAAUUAGUCAUAAUUUAUGACUAAUUUAACUCAUGACAAUUGUUUGAGACCAGGACACAAGUUCAUUUAUAUUUUAAAAAUAUUAUUCACAUUUGAUGUAAUUAAGUAGACUGUUAAUAGGUAUUGGAAGAAAACUAGUAAUUGAGAUGCGCCUGACUGGCACUAUGGUAGCUCAGGUCACCCAGGAUCCCUGCCAGCCUACCCUUCACUCACCAGCUGUAAGGGCACGAGCUUCUAAGUUAUACACUGGAGUACAAACUAUCAAACCCCAUCCUUUACUGCAUGAAACAAAGGUAAACUAGAGUCUGCCCUAUAGUAGUCCUGGUAAUAAAUACCUUAACACACGUACCUGAGCAGGGGAUGGCUCUAAGCCCACACUUCUCCCUCCUAGGAGCUGGUCAAGGUUAAGGUAUACAAACAAGGGAUAAUAAUAGUUCCUAUAACUACAACAGGGGUUUUAUUUCUAGGUCUUGAAGUUUCUUUAUAAAAUCACUAUUGUAAAUGAGUAUUUGUAGCACAGUUACAAAUCGUCUCACCAGAGCGAGACGCGUAACACAACUGCUCACUAUGAAUGCCCAGGGGCAACUAAGCCUCCCAGCUGUGUGGCUCCAGGAAGCUAGUGGACUCGGUGAUGUCAUGUACCUGGCACAUAUUUCUGUCUCAAAUAUAUAUAACGCACAAGACUCGUUCUUUUUUCGCCAUAAGUAUGUGCUACCUCAAGCAGGAUGAUGCAUACCUUUGCUGACUACUGUAGUGAAAUGCCUCUUUCUGAUAGAGCCCCAGUGGCUUCCUGAAAGUAUCUUACUGAGGUGGCAUUACAAUCCCGGGGAUUGUGGGAGCCAGAUCAUUUUACCUUAAAAUACUUGGAGAACAUAAGAUUUUUAUUACCAGAUUUAAUGUUUUGGGAUACCAGUAUAUAGUAGAAUAUUGAGUAAUUUGCAGAUAAGUUUUGUCUAUGUAUGGUAGUAAUAUUACUUAAAAUAAUGUUGUAAGAUGUCAAGUUAUUGUCCCGUGUACAAACAGUUGAUGGGAAAAACAAACUGCUAGAUGUAAGUGUGUUUUGUAGUCCCUAGCCAGUGACUACAAAACACAAUAUAUAUCCUACGAAGGCUGUAGAUGAACAAACCAUCCACCAUUAUAUUAUGUCAAAAAGUGCUGGGAAGACGGGACACCACGAGCGUAGCUCUCAUCCUGUAACUACAUUUAGGUAAUUACACUUAGGUAAUUACCAGGGCCAAAAGAACAGAAUCUCUGCUUCCUGAGAAGAGCUUGAAGUUUCCCAACCAUGCAGCUGGAGGCAAUGCUGAGACUGAUGGAUGCCUACUAUUACCCAGUAAAUAUUACAUUUCUGGACUUGUUGAUUAAGUAGCCAGAUUGUUACUGAAAUGCCAGGGAAUGGUGGGGUUUGAGUAUUGUUGAGAAGGUUUGUUAGUGUGUGCAGUAAAUUUUUUGUUUUGUUUUACAUGUGUGCAGCUGCCCGCACAUGGUGUAGGCUUCUUUUGUAGCAGGUGCAGGCAAAGGUGGUUGUCCACUGAUGGCUGAAUGGCACAUUAGAGGCCAAGUACCUUUCCUCUUUUAUACAAUAGCCACUGGUUCCCAUUAUUAUUACAGUAUUAUGAUCUAUAAGUAAUGGUAAUGUCUUCUCACCGACAUAAAAACCAACACUUAUGUAUUUGUGAAUUUUAUGUAAAGAUUUAACACAAAGUUUUACACUCAGCACUCUCCUGAGUGCUUUGUCAAGGUCUGAGUGUGUGGUUAGGACAAUACUUACGUCUUAACACUUGACACCCAGCAUGUGCGCCCCAGCCUACCCCAUGGUGGGCCGAGCGUUUUGUGUAAGCAGGCAGCCACGCUGAAAUGUGUAAAAUCUUUUCAGUUUUCUCACCUAAAUUUUCCUUGUAUGUCAUUCAUCUUGGUAUCAAAUUGUUCACAAUAUUAUUCCCUACAGUCUGGGUUUUUAUCCUAUUAUGAUCUAUAUUCUGUGUAAUUUACUUACUAAACUUCCCCCCCCCCCAUGUGUGUUACCUGGAGGUUGGUUAUUUCAAUAAGGUAGACUUUCAUGUACUUUUAUUUUGCUUGAGAUCAGAGGUCUUCCCCAUGAGGGAUGGGAGGGAAACUAUGAGCAGGAAGUGCCAAGCCAUUACUACUAUAUAUCACAGGGAGGGGAUCAGUACUGUAUAAGGAUUUGGGAUGGGACCGGUGGGGGGAAGGGGGGGAGAAGGAAUGAUGCUCAACCACUUGGAAGGUCAGGGAUUGAACGUUGACUUCCCCAUGAGGGAAUAAAGUAGUUGUUGCUACAUGAUUGUUUAUGUACAUCUUGUUCUCCUGCUUAUGUGGAGACAAAUUUGUUAUGUGAAUAAAUAUUGUUAAAUAUUA